AUGUUGACGGCCAAAUGCCACCGGCUGGCGAGAGCCAGCGGCGCAGGGACGCGGGGACCAUCUUGGGGCGAGCUCAGCCUCCUCCGCUGGCUCCGGGAGAGCCGGCAGUCCAGGAAACUAAUCCUGCUGAUUGUGUUCAUCGCCUUGCUCCUGGACAACAUGCUGCUUACGGUAGUCGUGCCAAUAAUUCCCAGUUACCUUUACAGCAUCAAACAUGAGAAAAAUGCCACAGAAAUCCAGACUGCUAAGCCUAAUGUAGUCUUAACAACGAUGGACAAUUUUCAGAGCAUCUUCUCCUACUAUGACAACUCAACGAUGGUUACUGGAAACGAAUCUGAUAAGACACAACCCAGAGAGUUACAUCAUACUCAGACAGAACAAAUGAUAGUAAAUGUGACUCCUUCCCCAUCUGACUGCCCUAAGGAAGAUAAGGACCUGCUGAAUGAAAAUGUUCAAGUCGGUCUCUUGUUUGCUUCAAAAGCAACAGUGCAGCUAAUCACUAACCCCUUCAUAGGACCGCUGACGAACAGAAUAGGCUACCAGAUUCCACUGUUUGCUGGCUUCUGCAUCAUGUUUGUGUCAACAAUCAUGUUUGCCUUCUCAGGAAGCUACACAUUACUGUUUAUUGCCAGGUCCCUUCAAGGAGUGGGUUCCUCUUGUUCUUCUGUGGCAGGGAUGGGUAUGCUCGCCAGUGUAUAUACAGAUGAUGAAGAGAGAGGCAACGCAAUGGGAAUUGCACUAGGAGGCCUUGCUAUGGGAGUAUUAGUGGGCCCACCUUUUGGGAGCGUCAUGUAUGAGUUUGUGGGGAAGAGUUCUCCUUUCCUGGUGCUGGCAGCACUAGCUCUGUUAGAUGGAGCUGUUCAAUUAUUUGUUCUGCAGCCAUCAAGAGCACAAGCAGAAAGUCAGAAGGGGACACCGUUACUGACACUUUUGAAGGACCCGUAUAUCAUUAUUGCAGCAGGAUCAAUCUGCUUUGCAAACAUGGCUAUUGCUAUGCUUGAACCAGCUUUACCCAUCUGGAUGAUGGAGACCAUGUGUUCAAAAAAAUGGCAGCUUGGUGUUGCUUUUCUUCCAGCUAGUAUCUCUUACCUCAUUGGGACUAAUCUUUUUGGGAUACUUGCGCACAAAAUGGGAAGGUGGCUUUGUGCUUUACUCGGGAUGCUAAUCGUGGGAAUAAGUAUUUUAUGUGUACCGUUUGCUAAAAACAUUUAUGGGCUCAUAGCACCAAAUUUUGGAGUCGGAUUUGCCAUUGGAAUGGUGGACUCCUCCAUGAUGCCAAUUAUGGGCUACCUCGUAGAUCUGCGUCAUGUGUCAGUCUAUGGCAGCGUGUACGCAAUAGCUGAUGUUGCCUUUUGCAUGGGCUUUGCCAUAGGUCCCUCUGCUGGUGGUGCCAUUGCAAAGGCUAUCGGAUUUCCAUGGCUCAUGACAAUUAUAGGGAUUGUGGAUAUCCUUUUCGCUCCCCUGUGCUUUUUCCUUCGAAGUCCACCUGCCAAAGAGGAGAAAAUGGCAAUACUCAUGGAUCACAACUGUCCUGUUAAAACAAAAAUGUAUACCCAGAACAACAUUCAGUCCUACCCCAUAGGUGAUGAAGAAGAAGAAUAUGAAAGUGAUGAAUGA